AUGCAAAAGCUCUCCGUGAUUCUCCUCAUCACCACCUUCUUGUGUGUCAUUCUUGGUUUGACAAGUGCUCUCUCAUUAGAGAAGAAAUUAGCCAAAGCUUUGAUCCAAGAAAUUAAACAACAAUUACUCGAAAAGAAUGUCCAAUCAUUGGCUGAUCAACAAGCCUUCGCUCCAGAAUCUCGUUGUACCAAUGUUGCCUCCGCAUUGAACGUUAGAACAAGUCCUGGUGGAAACCUCGUCAAGACUUUGGGAAAUAAUGUUCCUGUCACUGUCUAUGAAACUACUGAUAAGGAUGGAACUAAAUGGGCUCGUAUUGGUGACAAUCAAUGGGUUUCUGCUCAAUUUUUAAAGAUGGCAUGUUCUAAUAGUAAUACUAAUACUGGUUCAUCAUCAACUGCCGGUGGACGUGAUAGUAAGACUGGUGAUAAGGCUGCUGAAGCUUUGGCUGAAAUUUUCAAGAGUGAAGGAAAGUGUCAAAAUUGGGCUAGUGAUUCUGGAAAUUCAUUCCAAGGAAAGAUUGGUUACACUUGUAUGGGUGUUAUUCCAGCUGAAUGUUGGAAUAAUAGAAAUGGAAUCUUUGCUCCAUUGGCUAGUGGUUACACUGGUCAUCCAGCUGAUUUCUGUUACUAUGCUUACAAUAAGAAUAUUGCUGUUUAUAAGACAUGUGCUGCCAAAUUGUACACUACUAAUUAUUUCACUCCAGGAGGAUGUGCUAACUUGCCACAACCUGCUUUCUAUGUCUGUGCUGAUAUUGCUGUCAACUCUGGUACUGGUAGAUCAAGACAAUACCUCAAUGAACUCGGUGGAUACAAGAAUCAAGAUGCUAAGGCAUUCGCUAGACUUUUGAACGAAAGACACAGAAAGGAUUAUUUGUAUUGGGGAAGACCAGGUACUGCCAAUAACAAGUUCUUGAAGGGAUGGUUAGCUAGAGCUGAUGCUAGAGCUAAAUAUAUUGAUACUUAUUAAAUAAUCAGUAUUC